AUGCUCGCGGCCACCCUGCGCCGGGCGAGCCCGUUCUUCCUCGUGGCCGGUCCAUGCGUCAUCGAGUCCAAGGACGUCGUGCUCGAGAUCGCGCAUAGCCUCAAGGCCAUUGGCGACGAGCUGCAGAUCCCGGUUGUCUUCAAGGCCAGCUUUGACAAAGCCAACCGGCAAGACAUUGCGAGCUUUCGCGGACCAGGUCUCGAACAAGGGCUGGCGAUCUUGGAGGCCGUCAAGGCCGAAACGGGACUGCCGCUGCUCACGGAUGUGCACGAGACGUACCAGGUGCAAGCGGUUGGCGACGUCGUCGACAUUGUGCAGAUCCCAGCGUACCUCUGUCGACAGACCGAUCUCUUGGUCGCGGCCGCCCGCACCGGCAAGCUCGUCAACAUCAAGAAGGGACAAAUGUGCUCGGCCGACACGAUGCUCCUCGCGGCCAAGAAGGUCACGACAACGACGGGGCAUGCCGACGUCAUCUUGACCGAUCGAGGCACCAUGUUUGGGUACGGCGACCUCGUUGUCGACCCGCGCAACAUCCCCAAAUUACGCGCGAACGGAGCUCUGGUCGUCCAAGACAUUACGCACAGCGUCCAGCGCACGGGCGCCAGCACCACAAGCGGCGGCGACCGCGAAUUCAUUGCGACAAUCGCCCGCAUGGCCGCCGCCGUCGGCGUCGAUGGCUUGUUCAUCGAGACACAUCCCGACCCGUCGCGCGGUCUCAGCGAUGCGACGACGAUGCUGCCAUUGCACGAGCUGCGCCCGCUCCUGACCGAGCUCAUAGCCAUUGCGCACGCCUCCAAGGCGCGCGCCUCCUCCUAG